UCUCUCCUCGCGCGCGCGCAGGUCUGCUGUUGAUGAUACCUAACAUGUAUCUGCUGGCGGGAGAACUGAUGCCCACCGUACUACACGUGUCCGCUCGCACCGUAUCCAAACACGCUCUCUCCAUCUUCAACGACCACUCGGACGUCAUGGCAACGCGUCAGACGGGUUUCGCGAUGCUCUGCUCCAGCAGCGUGCAGGACGUCAUGGACCAGGGUCUCGUUGCCCACCUCGCCUCGCUGAAGUCCCGAAUCCCCUUCCUGCACUUCUUCGACGGCGGCCGAACGUCGGCGGAGAUGUCGAAGAUCCGACCAAUCCAAUACGAGGACAUGAAGACCAUCUUCCCAUACGAGGCGCUACAGAAGCACGUGCGCGCGUUCGCACUCAACCCGACGAAUCCGAUGAUACGUGGCACGGGCCAGCGCCCCGACAUCUUCUUCCAGGCAACGGUCGCCGCGCACAAGUAUUACGAGGCGUGCCCGGACAUCGUAGAGGAAACCAUGAAGGAGGUGGAGAGCAUCACCGGAAGGAAGGGCGGGUUGUUUGGUUACAAGGGUUCUCCGACGGCCGAACGCAUUGCCGUCAUCAUGGGUUCCGCAUCCAAGACGAUGGAGGAGGCGGUCGAGUACCUGAACGAACUCGGGGAGAAUGUCGGCGUGGUGAAGGUGAAUCUCUACCGGCCGUGGUCGACGCGCCAUUUCCUAGCAGCCGUGCCGCCAACGGCGCGUCGGAUUGCCGUGCUCGACCGAACGCGGGAGGACGGAGCGUCGGGCAUGCCGCUGUUCUUGGAUGUCAACGUGUCGUUCUCAGAUGCCGGCGUCGAUAGGCUCAUCACAGGAGCUCAGUACGGACUAGCCAGCAAGGAGUUCACGCCAGCCAUGUGCAAGGCCGUCUUCGACAACCUGAACAGCGAGAAUCCGCGACGCCAAUACGUCAUCGGCAUUGAGGACGACGUCACCAAGUCCUCGCUGCCCUACGGCGAGCCGAUAACAACGGUGCCGGAAGGCACGAAGCAAUGUGUGUUCUGGGGGCUGGGGUCGGACGGUACGGUCGGUGCUAGCAAGACGGCCAUCAAGACCAUCGGUGAGUCGCCUCUGACCUGUUACGAUUACUAUCGGCCAAAACAAAAUAUAG